CCUCCACCAGCGCCCCUCCUCCCCACAUGAACUCAUCCCUCACCCGGCGCUAUAAAAAGUCUGCUCUUGUUGAAGUUGUUCAGUCUCGUCAAGAACUCCACCAGACCACCAUCAUGAAAUUCGUGGCUCUCGCUCUUGCCCUUCUGGCUGUCGGCUCUCACGCCGCUUACCUCCAGGCUGAUGCACCCUCCCAGCUGGACCAAAUCAGGUCUGCUGUCGAUCUCUACCUGACUCAGGUGAAGGACAGUGCCACCAAAGCCCUGGACAACCUCGAUGGAGCUGAGUACAGUGCAAUCAAGACCACCCUAACUGAGCGCAUUGACCAACUGUACACUCAGAUCAAGGAACUGCAGAAGACUGUCUCUCCCAUCACUGACAACGUCGUCGCCACCAUCUCUGACGCCACUGCUGACUUCCGUACCGCUGUCACAGGGGAUAUCGAGGCCCUGAGAGCCAAGUAUGAGCCCGAACGUGCCAAGCUGAGGGAGGUCAUCGAAAAACACAUCGCUGACUACCGCGAGCAGAUUGAGCCCAUCGUCACAGAGUACCAAACGAAGCACGCCGCUGAGAUGGAAAGUCUGAAGGCCAAGGUGGAGCCCCUUGUGGAGCAGCUGCGUGCCAAGAUAGCUGUCAACGUGGAGGAGACCAAGACCGCCAUGAUGCCCAUUGUGGAGGGUGUGCGUGAGAAGCUCUCUGAGCGUCUGGAGAAUCUGAAGACACUGGCUGCUCCCUACGUCGAGGAAUACAAGGACAAGCUGACACAGUCCUACAACCAGGCGCAGACCAUCAACAUGGAAGAGCUCACUGCCCUGCAGGAGAAGAUUGCACCUUUAGCCGCUGAAAUCAAGGAUAAGUUCCAAGCUAUCUUCGAGGCCAUCGCUGCUACCGUCACCAAGAGCUAAAUCCUCUCCACCCUGUCCCUGUAAUUAACCUCCCCUACCUGUCCGUCCUAGAUCCAUUCCACCUUUCUCUCCAUUCCUUCCUUCCUCACAUGUGCGUAAACACCACCUCCCAAAAAGAAGCCAAUGCCUAAGUGAUGCCCUUCUUUGCAACAAAAUGGCGGGACUCUUGCUCUCUCUCUCCCAUGCAAACACCUUACUUCAUGCACACAUGCUCAAGCACAUGCAAGCAAAGACAUACACAGACACGUACAUACUCAGCACACACAUGCUUUACUCUUUGCAUGCCAUGACCAACUGCUUACAUUUUGUGUAGAGAUUGUUUGUGAAUUACCACAAGUGCCUGAACCUCUGUCUAAUGAUGCUUGUCUGAUGAAAAACUGUGCUUUGACGAAUUACAGCUCAAUAAACAUCUGACUGUUUAUACUA